AAAGACCGUAGAUUCUCAGCGCCAUGGCGUCGCCACCGCCCUCCACAGGAUCCAUGCAUCCUCCGUGUCAGGGAUUUGGUUGAUGCCUCAGAUGAUGCGCUUGCUUUUACCAGCAGCGGCUGUGACAGCAGAAAAGAAACUUGUGAUCCAGGGAAGUCGGUCUAUUUUUCACGGGGCAGAUCAUGCGCCAUCUCAUUUCCAAUAUUGCCUGGCCAGUAUUCCAACUAAUUACUGUAAAUUCAACUGUAAUAACUGUAAUAAUAGUUGAGUCCAACUAACUUUUGAUGGCUGAUGGACAGCGGCAGUUUUAUGACUCACAAGUUUCAAUUCUUCGAGAUGUGGUCUCAACCGGAAAUUGUUUGUUGUGAGGCCCUUUGGGCAGGCUUUCCACAUGUGCAAGACAUAACACGAUGCAUUCCACUGUUUUUUGGGCCCCAAGAGGACAGAGGUUUGAAGACAUUUGCAGAGCUAGCCAUGGCUCCUUGGUGAUCCGUACAGCCGUACAGCUUGGAGGAUCAAUGAGUGCUAGUGCAGGAGCUGAGAUUGAAGCCACGGACAAGGAAGGCAGAGCUCCACUGCACUUGGCGGCGGAGAAGGGCGACUGCGAGGUGGUGGACCGACUCCUGGCGGCGAAGGCCGCUGUUGAGGCACUGGAUAGGUUCCGCCGUACGCCGCUGCAUUGGGCGGCGAGGUACGGCCACACCGCCACGGUGGACCGGCUCCUGGCGGCGGGCGCCGCCGUCGACGCGAGGGACAACAAUGGUCACACGCCUCUCUACUACGCGGCCAUUGGCGGCCACCCCGAGACGGCCCAGCGGCUGCUCGCCGCCGGCGCCCGCGCCGACGCCCAGGACGAAUACGGCGAAACGCCCUGGGAUUGGGCCAAAAGGCGUGGCCAGGAGACGCGGAUGGCACCGGUUCUGUGUCCCGACCUUCAUGGUUGACGCAGUGCCGAGAAGUUUUCCAAGCAAACUGUAGAGGGGUUGUUCCGGGCCAAAGUGCUGCUAUGCUUCUGUACUGAAGAAUAUGGCGCCAAAACGGGCGUUGGCUAUGAGAUAUUUUGUGAGCUGGCAUUCGCUUACGAAACCCAUUUGCUGAUCAUUCCAAUACGAAUUUCUCUCUUUCCACUGGAACCACCAGGUCUGGGCAAAGCCCAGAACAAAUUUGUCUUUUCACCAGCAGAUGGCGAUAAAUCGAAGACAAGAAGAUGGACUCACCCAGAUCAGUCGCUCAAGUGGCCACCGAAAUUGAGCGAGCCGGCCUGUGGGACUUGGUCGGGUGAAGUGCGAAUCCAAAAAGAACGCGCUUCCGCUUGGCGGCCCAGCGGCCCAGCGGCCGGGGGGAGUGGAUUCGCUUGAUUGGAUCUUGAUUGGAUCAUCUUGCCGGUCUGGAUGGC